AUGAAUGAGUACAUUAUCGAGGGUAUAUCAAUAUUAAGCACGCAAACUCAUGAUUUAAAAACAAGAAAGUCCAUAUUGAACUUUUUCAAGCAUCAAGGGACAGUAUUGCAAUAUGUUGAUAUGCUGAAUAAACACCUUGGUGAAUACGUCACCGACUUUGAAACUUGGCAUGAGCUAGGGGAAGUUUAUUUGCAACAACACAGGUACGAAUACGCCAUUUACUGCUUUGAGGAGUGUCUUUUUAACAAGCUAAAGAGACUAUACAAUAUCAUAACUAUUGCAGAGAUUCAUUCGUCGAUUAAUGAUAUUUUCAUGUCCGCAAAGUACUUUUCUCUUGCACUAUCCUUCGAUCAGGAUAAUGUAAGAGCACUUUGGGGUUUGGCUUACGUUUAUAAAGACCAUUUUAAGGACGUUUACAGAGAACACGUGCGUUUGGAUGCUAGGGAAGGGUCAGAGAUAUUUAUGACCACUUUUGAGGGACCAGAGUUCGACCCUGACUAUGUAAUAUACAAAUUGUACCCUUCUGUUAUUAAAAAGUUGUUAAAAAUUUACUCUGGGAUCGACAAUGUUUCGUCUAGAGUUUCUGUAAGGGUACUUGAGGGAUUCCUGGAAAGUGCCAAGGUUUAA